AAUCCAUGAUCAGGAUUUUCACAUCUCUAACCGCAAAAGUCCAUCAGCACAUUCUAAGAAUGAUAUGUUUAUCAAAUUUCUGUCUGGACCUUUUCCGCGAAGUCAAUCUUCAAAUACGCGCACCUUUAGCCCCCUCUACCGAUAACCUUGUUCCAAGAAAAGACCAAUAUCUGUUUACGAGACGUUUGGUGCAGUUAGGUGCCGUGUUGACGUGUAUCGACUUCUUAAAUAUCAUUUGAAGAGCUAACAAGUGUGUAAACUUGUCAAACAAAUAACUACAGUUAACCACAUGUAACGUCCGUACAUUUAGUCAAGAUAAACCAAGCGGUAAACCAAGGUCACGAUCGCAGCAGGCAAGCACUUAAUAUUUUUACGACUUGCGCCGUCAUAAAAACAUUACAUACAUGUACAUUGAACUGCGUAUCUAAGUUACACUUAACAGUAAAAUGGAACUAUUGUUCAACGUUGUGGCAUUUGUAUUUGCAACUCUUAAAAUUUGUCCUGGUGUACAUGGGGAAAGCUGUCCUUCCAGAUAUAAUGAAUUUUUUGGUCAGACAGAUGGUGGAUUUGAUUGCCCCAAGUUUCCGUGGAAAGGAGAUUAUUGCUGUGGUGAUGCUGAUUCAUUUUACUACUGUUGUGAAUUUGGAUCUAAAUAUGGGGGAAUGAUAGCUGGCAUUGUAGUAGGAAUGGUUAUUCUAGUGAUAAUUAUUCUGAUUGUUACAUGCAUCUGCAAGAGAAGGUUGGGCACUAGUCAAGCAGCAAGAGCCACAUAUACAACUAGUGGAGUAACCACAACAACUUAUGCAGCAGGUCCUGGAGCAGGCACGACAUAUGGACCAUCAUUUCAAACUGGAACAACAUACCAGACUGGAACAACAUAUGAAUUACAGACAGCUGGUGGUUUUAACCAGGCAAAUACGACAGCAGGCAUGAUGCCUCAACCAGGCUAUAGGACACAGGGUCAGCCAUACCCCCCUCCAGGUCCUGGUGUCACCCCAUCAGCACCACCUGCUGAGUCAUCCUUUCCUUCACAACCUUAUGCUCCACCACCAUCAUAUGCAAGUGUUGUUGACAAGUCUUGAUGAGCAGGGGAGACAUAAUAGAUGUAGUCGCCUUUGGAGGAAGAGAAUGAAAGUGGAACGUUCACAAAAAUGUAUAUUGUCAUUCAUUUGCUGUCAGUACAUAACCUUGUUAGACAUGAAUUUGUAGUUCUUUUGUUUUUUUUUUCUAAUACUAUUUUAUAUAUUAUGUAAUUUUACCAAUAUUAUGUAAUACAGUUUAUUCUGCUCGGUUGCAAUAUAAUGGAAUUAAUACAUAUUUUAUGAAUUUUUGCUACAUGUAUUUAAUAUCAAACUUCUGAUGUACAGGUGCAUUAUUUUUUUUAAAACCACAAAGCUACCGGGUAGUUGUAUAGUUUACAUUUAUUCUACCUCUUCAGAGUAUUUUUAUUGACUGCUAAUGGAGGCAGAUAAUCUGAAACAUUUGUUUUAAAAAAAAAGAAAAAGAAAAGAAUAACUUCAUCAAUGUGUAUGGAACUUUAUAAAGUUGCUUGGUGCUAUUUAUAAGUUUCUCAAAUACAGUAUGUAUAUCUUUUGAUAACAGUGAAGGGUAGUACUUGUAAACAAUUAGCUCUGUUCAACAUUUAUCUACCUGUACAUACCAUGAUUCAAUGACUUUAUUUCCUGAUGAUGACUUAUCGACUAUGUAUGGGUAUGAAAACUUGAAGUACUACAUAAAAAGAGUAGGUUUGCCCCUUUUCACAUUGGAUGUUCCACUUAAAUAAUGCAGUCUGAACUCGAAAUUGACUACUUAAAGGGAUAACAAUUAACUGUUCUUAAGAUAUACAUAUUUCACAAUAAAUACAUUGUAAACAACUCUAAGA